AUGUCUGACGAAGACUUGAAUGAAGGUUUAGAAUUUAACAACAUAAUACCUGAGGCUUUGUAUCUCCAUGAAGCACAUUUUUUGUUCCAAAUGUUCAAGAUAUUUUAUGCAGAUCUCGCGCUUAGCCAUUCUAGCCAUAUGGAAAGUUAUCUUAUCCUGAGAAGCAAGAAGAAAGCCACAGAUGCCUUCAAAGUGAUAGAAGUCGAGUUGGGGUUUAUGUACGAUGUGCUUUUUACAAAGAUGACAAGUGUUUGUUCAACGCGUACUAUUCUUCGCUCCAUCAGUUUCCUGUCUUCUGCUUCUGCAUUGGUCGCCUUCUCGUUGAUGGUCGCGAACAAGUGUGCCUAUACAGAAACCGAGGUAAUUAUAUCAUACAUCUUGCUGGGAGGAGGAGUUGUUCUUGAGAUAUAUGGAUUCAUAAUGCUUCUCUUAUCUGAAUGGGCUAUGUUUCGGCUUAGCUUGCUAAAAAAGCCUUGGGCCAAUGCUAUCUAUAAGGCUGUUCAUAAAGCUAUCUAUUCUGACAACAACAAAAGGUGGGAAAGAUACAUGGCACAACACGACUUAACAGAUGCUCAAAUAACCAAGAACGGAGCUUUGUGGAAGAUGGUCAUAAAUUCGUUGGUAUGUAAACCAACACCCAAAGUUUGUUUUCUGAAGUUGAUAGGCAAGGAUAACAUUCAAAGUUGGGACGUUAUCAGUGACGAAUUAAAAGAAUUAAUUUGGGAAUACCUCAUAGACAAACGUUCGAGAUAUAGUCAUGAAAUGCCUCAACCUGAUCCUGGCAUGAAUGAUUUGAAGGAGAUAUUGGCAGAAAGAGGUGAUUAUGUGCUGAAAAAGAUGGGAUACCUUGAAGAAUUUCGUUGGGCUGUGGUUGAAUUAGACUUUCAUGGGAGCCUCCUUUUAUGGCACAUUGCCACUGAUAUUUGCUAUCAUGAUGAUAUUCGCAAUAACAAAGUUGAUGCAAAUAAUCAACUUUGCAAAAUGAGCAGAUCCUUAUCUAAUUACAUGUUGUAUCUUCUAAUUGAACGUCCAAAUAUGCUGCCUAAAGGGAUUGGUGAGGCAAGGUACAAGCAAACCGGCAUUCAACUCACCGAAUUCUCGAAGAGGUGGAGAUCGAAAGAAACACCACGUCCUCAUUGGCGUUCUGAAGAGUUUAUGAAGGAAAUCAAAAACCAUGAAAGCAACGUGUCAAUGCUACAUGAUGCUUGCAAGCUCGCCAGGAAAUUACAAUCUCUGGAGCCGCCAGUAAAGUGGAGGAUGAUAAGUCAAAUAUGGGUGGAGAUGAUGACUUAUGCAGCAUCUAACUGUGGAUGGACAGAGCAUGCUCAAGCACUUACACGUGGUGGGGAGCUCCUCACUCGUGUGUGCCUUCUCAUGGCGCAUCUGGGUUUAAGCGAGCAGUGUCUAACAACUGCAAGCACCAGUUCCAGGGAAGCUCAUGAUGCAUAG